CCGGAAAUUUGACAACAACAAGUCCGCCAGAAUUUUCUUCUUCUUCUUCGGGAUUUCUAGGAUUUUUUGGACGAAAAACAUCUUACUUUGACCUAUGGAAUGGCUGGGAAUUUCUGGCAGAGCGCACAUUUCCAACAAUGGCUCCUCGACAGUCAGGACCUGAUACAAGAACGCCAGGCUGACUUAGAGGUGCUGUCUGAAGAAGAAUACAUGAAGAUUAUGACCUUCUUUGCUAACUUUAUUCAGCAACUUGGUGAAUCACUCAAGCUUAAACAACAGGUCAUCGCAACUGCCACAUGCUUCCUUAAAAGAUUCUACGCAAGAAAUUCUCUCAAGUGCAUUGACCCGCUUCUCCUCGCCCCCACCAGUGUCUUCCUCUCAUCCAAGGUUGAGGAGUUUGGGGUCAUCUCCAACAGCAGAUUAAUUUCCACUUGCCAAACUAUUGUAAAGAACAAGUUUGCUUAUGCAUACACAACAGAAUUUCCAUAUCGAACUAACCACAUUUUGGAGUGCGAGUUUUACCUCCUGGAGAGUAUGGACUGUUGCCUCAUUGUAUAUCAGCCAUACAGACCAUUGGUGCAAUACAUGCAGGACCUAGGAGGAGAAGGGGAAGUGCUGCAACUAGCUUGGAGGAUUGUAAAUGAUUCCCUUCGCACAGAUGUCUGUCUUCUGUUUCCCCCUUAUGAAAUUGCAUUAUCCUGCAUCCAUAUGGCGUGUGUCGUCCAUCAGAAGGAUUGCAAGCAGUGGUUCGCUGAACUGAACACUGACCUGGACCGGCUCAUGGAGAUCACUAGGUACAUUCUCAACUUGUAUGAACUCUGGAAAUCAUAUGACGAACGCAAGGAGAUCCAAGCUCUCCUCCAGAAGAUGCCAAAACCCAAUACCCAGCCUGUCCCCCGGUGAUUGGUGCACCCUGGCUUAGGGUCAAGUUAUGGAGGAGAGACGUGUGUCAGGGAUCUGUUCCUUCCAAUAUAUAGGGUUAAGAAAUAAGAGGGUCGUAUUCUAUUUUGGGGAUGUUAACGCAUAACAUGUUGGCUCAGUGUUAUGUUAUUUCGUGGUUAUUAUAACCUCAACCAGAGUAAUUUCUUAAUUGGCUCUUAAUCUAGUAAUUUUAUUUUCAUUUUCCUAGACAGGGUGGUGCCUGGCAUUUUGUGACAGAUUUUUUAUUAUUAUUAUUAUUUAUUGAGUCUUUUUAGAAUUGAUGCCAUGCAGGACUUUGAUGCAGAAACUUGUAUGAUUAGGUAAAUGCAUUGAAAUAUCAUAUAAAGAAAGGAACAAUAAAAAAUGAUAUUGAAAUGUAUAGAAUUAGAUACAAGAGAAGAUUUUAUGUUUUGAAAAGUGGUCUCAUAUUCAUAACAUAUUUCCUAAAGUCCCUUUCACUUAUUUCUGUGUCAAGUGUGUCGAAUAAAGAACUUCAAAUAUU